UUUAUCGCAAUCUCCUUAAUUUCCCGCGGUAUCAUUUUAAAAAACCAAAUCGCAUUUAAUUUCGACCAUUUACGCGCCGUAACGAACGCCAUGGCGCUAUCCACCGACGCAUCACCACCACCUUCCUUAGGAGAAGAACCGUUACCUCACGACGGCGACGGUUACGACCUUAACGAUGAUGAUGGUGCUUCGAUCGGCGUCGUUUCACUGGACGAUGAGGGUUUUCCGUCGCAACUCCCGGGAUCGGAAACGCCGUCGAAAAAGAGCAGUUUCACCGCCGAUUUCUAUCGUUGCGGAACCGAUUGGUCCUCGCUGAUGUUGCAGGAUGAUAAAAAUAAUAGACACUCCGAUUUGGAGCGCGAUUCGGGGAAGAAGAUGAAGCAGGCCAACCUGUUCCAGAUUUGGGGUUUCAAAAGAAGCGACGCCGUUGGUUUAGUUGAAUCUGGACCGAGUUUGAGGGUUUAUUCUGAUAAAGGAGGUAGUUCUUCUGAAAGGAAGAUUGUGAAACCUGGAAAUUGGGGUUCGAUUUCGCGCGACGGAGGAAAAGAGUCCGAGAACACGAAAUCUCUCCGCAAGAGAAAGCGUUUCAGUGGUGAAAAUAGGGCUACACAUUCCUGUCCCUUUUAUAAGAAAAUCCCAGGGACAACAUUCACUGUUGAUGCUUUUCGGUAUGGGUCCGUGGAAGGGUGUUCAGCGUAUUUUCUUAGUCAUUUCCACUGCGAUCACUAUGGUGGCCUUAGCAAGAAAUGGUCUCAUGGCCCUAUUUAUUGCUCUCCUCUCACGGGACGGCUUGUUCAAAUGUGUCUAUCGGUAAAUCCUUUGUAUAUCCACCCUUUGGAAUUUAAUACGGAGCAUGUGAUUGAUGGUGUCAAAGUGACUUUUUUAGAAGCUAAUCAUUGCCCUGGUGCGGCUUUGAUUCACUUUAGCCUCCCAAAUGACCAACGUUAUUUGCACACUGGGGACUUUAGAGCGUGUAAACCAAUGCAAGCUUACAGUCUUCUUAUAAAUCAACGUGUAAAUGUACUUUAUUUGGAUACUACAUAUUGCAAUCCAAAAUACAGGUUCCCUUCCAAGGAAGAUGUACUAAAUUAUGUCGUCAAAAUUACAAAGAACCAUCUCAAAAUUCAUCAGAAAACUUUAGUGGUCGUCGGGGCUUACAGUAUUGGCAAAGAAUGUGUAUAUCUUGCAAUUUCUAAAGCUCUUGGGGUAAAAAUUUAUGCCAAUGCUUCAAGAAGACGGAUUUUACAAGCUUUUGAUUGGUCCGACCUUUCUGAUAGACUCUGUACAAUAGGAAUGAGCACGCUUCUCCAUGUCCUGCCCAUGUCAUCUUUGAGACCUGAGACCUUAAAGGAUUACUUGAAGACAUACAAGGAUCAAUUCACAGCAGUUUUGGCGUUCCGUCCAACAGGUUGGACUUUCAAUGAAAAGAUAAGCAACGAUCUGGAACUAAUUAAACCUGUUACCAAAGGAAAUGUCACGAUUUAUGGAGUUCCUUACAGUGAGCAUUCCAGCUAUACAGAACUGCGAGAUUUUGUUCAGUUUUUGAGACCUGACAAGAUCAUUCCAACUGUGAAUGUUGGGAAUGCUGCUAAUCGAGAAAAGAUGCAAUCCUAUUUCCGAGACUGGCUGAGUUUAAGCUCCGUUGUGCUUCCCAUUUGUUGGCUGCAAUGCAGGGCAUUCAUCAACUUUAUGACAACCAAAGUAGGACCAGAAUAAAACAUUCAUUCUGAUAUUCUCUGAAGAGUCCUUUAGCAAUGUCCAAUUUGAACAUUGUUGCAAAACAAGUAAAUGCUGUAUCUCUAUGCGGUUGGAUUGACCCAGUAUAACUUUCGCUAAAGCUGUGCAUGUGAUUGACCUAAUCUGAUUGUAUUUUGUGAAAUAAUCCACAUGUAGAUAUGAUUAAAAUAUUAUUAGAUAUUGUU